CGUGGAACGGGAGAAGAUUGAGAGAAAGGGAGAGACAGUAAAGAGAGGAGUAGCUUUCCUCGAACCGAACAAAAAUCUUUUACGGUUCCGACUCCCUCUUUAUUCUCGUUCGAACGAUCGGCCGAGAAAGAAACGAUCGCUUAACUCUUCAUUCUUUGCGUUUUCAUCGGCAGGAAAUUCACCGUGCUCCCUGUUUUCGCGCUGAUAACAGGGGGACGAAGCCACCGAAUCUCUUCCUCUAAUUAGCCCCAAGAGACUACGAACCGCGUCAUCGAAACGUUUAAAUCGAUCGUUACGAUUUACACUCGUCUUACGGAGAUUUUUUAACCCUUUUCCACGUAGAAUUAUCGUCGACAGACGAGACGAGAAUUUCGCGAAACACGACCAUCGUCAACCAGCGAUUUCAGGGGUUUCAAUCGAGUUUGAGAUGUAGAGAUCUUCAACUUUACGUACAAUGGUCAGACUAGUAUAUCACGAGAUAUCGUUAAUGUAACAGCGAAAAAAAUAAGAAAUAUACUACCUGCAUUUACCAUAUGUAGCUUUAUCAUCUGUCGGAAUCUGUACGAUUUAUGAAAAUGUAGCCGUAAGGUCAAAGGAAUUUUCGUUUUUAAUUUCGUAAAACGUAAUUGAUAAAAGGUGUCAAUUUAGUCCGCGGAAGAUGAAACGUAACGAAUGGCUAAUGUCAUAGCGGAAAUAUUAAAGAGAGAGAUUUCGCGAUUCGAAUAUUGAAAGCGACAGAUUGGCGAUAUCCAGUCCGGUGGUGAAAUUCAGUGAUGCAAAAUGGGGAGGAAGCAUCGCCAGAAUUAUUCCCAUUGAAAAUCUUCUGGUCCGAAUAACUGUACAGCCCUCUUCGCUGUGAAAUAGCUUCGUUCGUUUCUAAUUACUUGCCCUAUUUUCCUUUGUCUUGUCUCACAUUUUGCGGCGUGGCCGGCCUUUCCUCGCACGUACCUCGGCCAGCCUCCAUACAACGUUAAUUUAGUAACCACCCAACUCGAAUGGCAACGACUUUCCGUCAGACUCUCUGGAAAUUAUCCUUGUAAAAUUAACUGCGACCCUGUUGGAUAUUAAUUCCAGGAUUGAAAGCAAGCGUUCUGGCCAAACGAUACGGCCCGAAACCUUCCUCUACGUUUCCCUUAUCGAACCUCUGUCCUGCUUUCCAAAGCUUUGCCACGAGCUUUUCAACCGCCAGCCGAAAAGUCGAACGCAACGAACUGGCGUUUUUCUCUUAAGCGAAAAGUCGGUUGAUUACGAUUCAGCCAGCGCGGGACCGGUGAUAUUUUACUUCUUUUCGAGGCUUUACGAUCCGACGUUUUUAAUUUCCCCCGUGUGCCUAAAGAAAGAACGGCCGAAAUGCAAAUUGUGACAGCAAAGUUAUGUGCACCGUGGAAUUAACGACUUUCUCGGAUCGGCUCUUAAUAGGCCGUUAUGCACUUCCAGUCUGUCGUACGCGUGCACGAAUUCGUUAAGCGUCGGCCCGCCGAUUCUGACGAAAUUGAAUUAUAUCCGCGAAACGAGAACAAACUACGAUAGAAUGCAAACUGGAAGCGAGGCAAAACUGUUAACUCUCGGUCAAUUAUCGCGGUUAAUUACGAUUAUUAUACUUUGGAUAUCUCAUACUUUGUUAGAGUGGCUUGUAAAAGCGUUUUGUACGUUUUAUAUGAAACAUUUUGAGAAAUUAACAUUGCAAUGAGACGCGUGUGACUUUAACGCGAACGAAAUUCUACAUUGUACAUCUAAUCGCAGGUAGAACAAUGAGGACGAUCGUGUUCACGGUUUGCCCGCUGGAUAAUCGUCGUCGACCGUGGCUCUUAAUUUACGUCAUCUUGGCCGUCAUCCUGCCGAUCCACGUACCAGUCGAAGCUCAAAAGAACGAACACGGGAACACGUACUUGAGGAGAUCGAGCGUGAGCCCCGGAUUCUCGGAGAACACGGAGCAAUCGAAAGUUUCCAUUGUCGACGACGAGAACAAGGAUUCGAAGGCGAAAUCUAGCAAGGGUCAGCGAGACGAAGAGUCGGCUAAAUCCAUAGACGAGAACAGUCCAGCAUUAAAUAAGUUCCUACAAGAUGUUCUGAAGGCUCAAACCGAUUUAAAGUGGAUAGAUCAAGCACUGCGUGAUGUUGAUCGCGAGAAGGAUUGGAGGAAGAACAGUCGAAAUGUUAAUAAGUUACGCGAGAAAAGAGGCUCUAGCGAGAGCUACGAAACUACACGGCAGUUGAAUAGAAAUACGUACAGAGAUGAAAAUCCUCUAGAAUUUUCCCAGAGAUUGCGCUUUGGCAAUGACAUGACGUUCAAGAGGAACGUCGAUUUCGAUGACGUGGAUGCGUACGAAAAGGGAAAGAAAAGAAAAGAGGUUCACCUUUCUCCCGCCUAUGACAAAGAAACGAUAGACAAUCAGAUUCGGAAAAAUUGGUCCAAGACGAAGGAUCUUUGUUCUCUGAGCGACUGGCUGAACUCGUACAAAAACUCCGGAAACGAAAAGGAUAAAUUUGAGGAUCGAUGGAUCCACGAUUACGACGCCAGUCAAAGAAACAGACUUAAUUCUUUGGACGGUGACAAAGAAGCAAGCACAGAGGCGGGUAGCGCGUUGAUCGUGAGAAAUCAACGAGCCGAAACGAAGGAGAACGAGGCGACGUCGCUGGAAUCUCUCAGAGAAACGAUAUUAGAACUGAAAAAAAGCCUGAACGAAACUGACAAAAAACAGCGCGAGAAUUCCAAAAAUUUGGAUACUUGGAGUGUUAAAGAAAAGCAGAGCAACAAGCAGGAACAGAAGAAGCGAACUGCUGGUGGAAGAAACAACUACCAAAAAAGUGAAAACGACGACGAAAGAAACUUCGGCUGGUGGGAAAGUCUAGGAGCAGAAAGGUUGAAUUUAAAAAAGCGUGAGCCAAGCACCGAGGAUCUUGAUGAGAAGAAUGCUCAUCUGAAAGUGUGGAGAACGAAGAGGACUGGAGUUAAUAACGACGAUGGUAACCCGAAACUCUUUCAUAGAGCGGGGUUUGGGGACCCGUACCUUGAAGAGGACACGCUAAAAGAGCUUCAUGACCGUAAAAGACGUAGCAAAGGAACGCCGUCAGAUGAGAAACGUCAUUUAAACGAAGCUCAGGAUGGAAACAAGUCGGCAGCUGAUGAGAAAAAUUCCAUAAAAAUAUCAAAGACAUCUGGCUGCGGCGUCGCGGAUGCUUCCGGUAAAAUAGAAUCUUUGUCGAAUGAUUUGCAAGCAAGGAACGCUUUCGAACGUGAGAGCGAAUUAACGAAUAAUCCGGCAGAUACCGCGGCUUCCGACGUCUCAAAGGCGGCCACGGAUGAGAGUAAAAACACGGAAACAGGCGGAAAUUGCGAACAAUCGGAUCUAUCGCGGGAAAAUCAGAACGCGAUGGAAAACAAGUUGAUGAAGAACAAAGAAAAGGGUGAAAGUCCCGAGGGAAAUUCUUUGCAAACCUUCGAAUCCACGUCGAAUGAACUGCAGGCUGCUUCGUCUACCGAAACCUCGAAUCAAGAAAAUGUCGGCUCGAGCAAGGGAGAACAGGUGAUCAAAGUCUUUGAACCUCAGAGGCAUUUGCGCGAAAACAACGAACGAAGAAAAGAAGUCGAAGAAACCGACGACGAGCACGAAGAAUUGUCUCCGCAGGUGAAGAGGUCUGCCAAAGAUUCAGGAAAUAUUAAUAUCCUGGUCAAGUCAGAAAACAAGAAUCUGAUCGAGUUCAGUAACGCGGAUGGCGAUAAAAAAUUACCGAACGGUGGUCAAUCGCCGUUUGUGUUGAAUAUAGUUGACGUGAAGAAGAAGACGAUCGUGGAGAACGAGCAGGCAGGUGGAAAAUCAGUUUCGAUGCUUUACAACAUGAAGUUACACGAAUCACAGGUCGAUAAGCCUGUCGAAGGUGCGAAUAAACGAGAUGCAGAGCCGAGAAACGACGAAGUUCCGGUUGGUAGCGUGGUGCUUGAUUUUCGGAAGAAUAAACUUAAGGAAGUGCCAUACGAAGACACGCCCGCGUCUACGAACACGAUGAAAGAAAGGAACGUGGAUGAGAAACGACUUGAGAACUCUGCAGACCUCGACAAAGGAUCUGAACAAAGCGGCGUCAAUGAAGAAGGAACUCGAAACUGGUUCGGAGAGGCAGCUCGUAAUCAGAUGGCUAUGAACGUCGAUCACGGUGCAGCUGAGAAAUGUAAUGACCUAGGCGGAAAGGAUAAAUUUACGAACGCAGAGGGGCGGUUUAACGAUAAUAAAGAGAAGGGAGACUCCGUUCAGGGAUCUAAUAAGGAGGCAGAGCCGAACGGAGAGAAUAAAGAAGGAAGAAAUAAGAAAUAUAGAGAAAUAUUCAUAAUGACCAAUGGAAUGGAUGAUAGGAUAAUGAAUGAUAAAUAUGGUCAGAGACGAAUAUUGCAGUAUAUGGAGUACUCUAACGACGACGUCGAAGAUGCCGAUGUGAAUUACAGCGACAAAGAGGAAGAGGAAAAUCAACAUCAGGCUGCUGCAGAGAAAAACGAUGCAGCAACACGAAGGAAAGAACGAGCCGCGUACAGCGACAAAAAGAAAGAUAAAGUGAAUCUGUUGAUUAAAGAGAAAAUCGACAAAAAGAAAAAACCUCGCCAGAGAAAAAGACGUAAUCCAAGUGUAAUCGAAUACUACGAUUACGAUAGCAACCUCGAGCAACAGGAUCACGAAUCGUUGUCACCGACAAGCGAGCAACAGCGAAGUAAAAACAAUUAUCAAGACAAGAGCGCCAUCGAAUCCGACGCGGGACCUGGUAAUCACGCGUGCACUUCCCCAUCGAAAAACUAACGACAAAACUGCUAAAAUCUUAUGUAGUAAAGUUUCGCCAGAUUUCCAAUAAUCCACUCAAAUCAUCGAUUCGAUAUCACCGGGUUAGGCUAUGAGUUAAGGUGAAUGCGUGUUUUGACGAAUAUGUCGCAGCAAUUAAACCACAGGAGAAUAUAGUAAAUCGAACUUUUCAUGUUCACGGAGGGAAAAUUUUUAAAUUGAAUAUGUUGUCAGGAGUUUUAUAUAGCAAACUGCACUCUCUUUAUACGA